CAAUGCACCAAAUACCAACCAGAAGCUAAGCCAGACGCUAGACAGUGUUUAGUGUUUAGUCUUAAAACCUGUAGCAUGUUGUGAUGUUGUUCGUCAGUCGACUGUUGUUCUGUUAAUGUUCUCUACUCUGUUGUCGUCAAUUCGAGUUUUUAUAUUUUUCCAAGUUUCAUUCGAGUGUACUUAGUUACUUCGUGAGAACUACAAUAUUGUGAAUUGUUAUUUUUUUCAUCACAUGUUUUUCGAAUAUUUUUUUUAAAAACGAAUUUUAUCCGCUGAUCACAAUUUUCUUUUUCAUGUGUUUCGUUUAUUUUAAAAACUAUUUUUUCGUUUCAACGUUUUGAAUAAUUUUUUUUAUGGUUAAUUCAAUUAUGCGUAUAAGUGGUGAAGAAACUGUGACCAUGUCGAGGUCUUUUUUAAUGAAGAAAUAUAAUUAUAGUCAUUGCCCUUUGAAGAAGAGGCCGAUUCAAUACAUCAAAGAAGAAUUAAUCGAUGAUAAAGAUUUAUCAGACGACAAUUCAGAACCGGAAAACUUGAGCACGAAACCCGAAGACUUAUCGUGUAAAACGCUAACGCCACCUCCAGCCAUAGCUCUCGUCAGCGUGAAGAAAAUCGACGAAGAUGAACAAAACGGUAUCCCUCAUCCGGCAUUCAACUCCACCGAACGCGGCUUCGGCCAACACUUCCUUACCAAAUCCGGCUCUGGUGGCCCUCUCGAACCGCUCAAUCUGAACACAUCGGUUAACCACAGCCAUGACCAGCCACAGAAUCCAUCUUGGCCCAGAACCGUACCAGCCCACUAUCCACCUCAUUACAUCCCUCUGAACUACAUCUACCCUGCUCAGAGCGAAGUGCUGCCACCUUAUUACUAUUCGUCUCCGUCGCCGACACGUCUACCACACGAGCCCAUCUCACCUUACGAGCCAUGCGGGUCACCUACUCGUCACGCUUUUACACCAUUCCGAUCGCAUGUUCCUGUCAUCGCAGCGUUACCUCAUCCGCCCGAGUCUCGUCUUUACCUAACGCAGCCCGGAGAACACUCGCCACUCUCGCCCACCUCGACGUCUUCCUCAAACUCGUACCCUUCAUACUACCCAGACCCGUCGCCACCUCCGAUCAGCCCCGAAGACCUGUCAUCUCCAGGCAGCGUCGGCAGCAACGGUAACGACAGCAGUGGUUCCAGCAGCACUAGUUCCAAAAAGAAGAAAGAUUCCGCUCCCAGAUACAAAUGCUCGUUCUGUUCCAAAUCCUACUCCACGUACUCCGGUCUCUCCAAACACCAGCAAUUCCAUUGCACAGCCAACGAAGACGCCGCUUCCAAAAAGAAAUUCAAAUGCAAAUACUGCGACAAAGAGUACAACUCGCUGGGCGCAUUGAAAAUGCACAUCAGAACGCAUACGCUACCAUGUAAAUGUCAACUUUGCGGUAAAGCUUUCUCCAGACCUUGGCUGCUGCAAGGUCACAUCAGAACGCACACCGGAGAAAAACCAUUCUCGUGUCCGCAUUGUAAUCGAGCUUUUGCCGAUAGAUCAAACUUGAGAGCGCAUCUCCAAACGCAUUCCGACGUGAAAAAGUAUUCGUGUCCGACCUGCAGUAAAACCUUCUCGAGGAUGUCUCUGCUCAGCAAACACACCGAUGGAGGAUGUCCGGGCGUCUCAACCGGCGUCAUCCGAGUUACCGAAGAUAUCAAAUCGUUUUAUUUGAAUAACUAAGCAAGACCAAUAGCCCUCUGAUUAUUGCCCCCCCCUUAUUAUUCCAAAUUUGUGACUUAACACGUUAAAAUAAAAUGUCCGAUAGACGUUAAAAAUACAUACGACCAUAUCACAUAUGCGUAUAAUUAACUAAGUCGAUAAUUUUUCAUGCUUUAAUAUAUUUUAUUAUAAUUAUUAUAAAAUAAUUGUUUUUCCAAAAGACUGAAAUUUUUUUAUAUCGAAAUCAAAAACAUAUUUUCUGAAUCAAAUUUUUUUUGACAAUUUUUCUUUUUUAUUCAUCAUUUGAAAAUGCUAAGAAAACAAUUUUUUAAGUCACUAUUUUUUAUACUUAAUUUAUCAAUUUUUUUUUUAGGUGUUAUCGUGAAUGUAUUUGUGUUUUUUCUCUUUCUGUACAUACGAUCACUUUCUUUCUCUUCUGUUGUCUGUUUCUCUUUUUAUAUUGUAUAUAAUAUGUGGUAUUUUUUUAUUUUUUUUGCUAUUAUACUUGAUGUAUGUAUAAAUUUGGAACCACGAGGUUUUCUUUUUAAAAAACUAGUCAUGCCUUAGGCGCCAUAUUAUUUACCAUUAUGUACACAUUAUUAAAAUCGAUUCUCGAAUAAUGUAAAAUAACGAACAAAAAAUCUUCGAAUCAGUUACUACACAUUACAAAAAAAAAUUUUUAAGUGCCUUAUGUUGUACAGUAUUUAUUGUGUUCCGUUAGAUUUAUAAGUCUAUGAGAUUACGUUUUUUCUCUCUUUUUUUUAUAUAUUUACAUAUUUUUAUUUCUAUUAUAAAAUAAAUGUUUUUCUUUGAACAAUUAAAA